AUGAGGUUACUCUCGUUUGCGCUUUCUUGGGCAGCUGUUUUAGCCGGGACCAUCACUCUUUCACCCUCUCCACCCGGCUACCCGCCUCCAGGCCACGGAUCAGCAUUGAACUUGACCAUUUUCCAUGUCAACGACAUCCACGCUCACCUUGACGAAAUAACGACCUCGGGGACUGACUGCACCAACCCCGCGAAGGGAUGCUAUGGGGGUUAUGCGCGAAUUAAAGCCGCUGUCGAUGCAGGCCGCAAAAGUGUCAAGAACUCGCUGUUUCUCAAUAUGGGCGACGAGUUCCAGGGCACACUCUUUUUCAGCUACUACGGCGGGGAGGUAAUUGCGGAUACGCUAAAUCAGUUAAAUUUCGAUGCAAUGACGCUGGGGAACCACGAAUUUGACCGGGGGGACACUUAUUUAGGGCAAUUUCUCGCGAAUCUGACCGUUCCAAUCGUCUGCGCCAACGUGGAUAGUGCCAAUCCGACCAUAAACACUACUGUCAAGCCUUACCACGUCUUCCCUCAGUACAAGCUUGCUGUCAUUGCAGUCACCACUGAUACAAUUCCCACCACGAGUAACCCAGACAAGUCGACGACCUUCUCCGACCCCACUGAUACUAUUCAGCACUGGACAAACUAUGUCUAUGCACACGAACAUGUCGAGCGGGUUAUUGUCAUGACCCAUAUUGGGUACGAUGUCGAUUUGGAGCUUGCGAAGAACACAAGGGGUGUUCAUCUCGUAAUUGGCGGUCAUUCGCAUACGCUGUUGGGAAAUAUGGCUGGCGCUGCGGGGCCCUACCCGACGGUAGUGCAGAAUCUGGAUGGAGAGGACGUGUAUAUUCUCCAAGCAUAUCGCUACGGCGAGUAUCUUGGCUACAUUGACAUCGAGUUUGCGCCUGGCGGGAGAGUCGCAUCCUGGACUGGCGGCCCCAUUCAUCUUACCAACACCUCCGUUCAAGACACCAGCCUGCAGUCGCAAAUCAAGGCGUGGCGGGCGCCAUUUGACGCGUUUGGCAACCAAGUCGUCGGCAGCACGUCCAUAUUGCUCAACCACAACGGCUGCAAGACGGGCGAAUGCAACUUCGGCGACCUCAUCUGCGACGUGAUGAUGGACUACCGCAAAAACCAGAGUGCGCCCGCUGGGUGUAUUCUGAACGGCGGAGGCAUCCGAGUAGACAUCCCAGUCGGAGACAUCACGCGCGGAGACGUUAUUAAUGCGUUCCCCUUUGGAAAUGCCGUGACGGAUGUGCGAUUGACUGGACAGGCUAUCUGGGACAUAUUUGCAGGAGCCGUGUCGGGGACCUCACUCACCAAUGGCGCAGCGGUGGUGACUUGGCCACAGAUUGCGGGCUUCACGGUCACAUACGACCCGACGACCAAAAAGCUGCUCAGUCUCGAGAUUGGCGGUGCAACAAUCGACCUGGCCGCUACAUAUACCAUCGUCACUUCCGACUACGCCGCUGGAGGAGGAGACAACAUCAUCCCUGCCCAGACUGGAUUUGCGGUACUCGAUACUUUGGACGAGGUGUUGACGGCCUACAUUUUGCGAGUCGGGACGGUGAACGAAGACGUGCAAGGGCGGGUGGUUCUCGUCCCUUCAUAA